CCCGCCCCACUGCCUGUGUCGACACAUUCCUUUCACUGCGGGACUUGGCUCCUGGGACCAGGGUCUCUCACGCUCAUGCUUAAAACCUUGUCCUUCCCCCUGCCUACAGCUAGUUCCCAACGGGCAGACACUAACCAAGAUCUCUGUUGAGCCCAGCCCAAGCAGACGCUAUGUCGGACACAGAAGAAGUCGUGGAGGAGUAUGAAGAGGAGCAGGAAGAAGAGGCUGAGGAAGAGGAAGAUUGGAUAGAGGAAGAGGACGGACAAGAGCCAGCUGCUGAAGAGGAAGAGGCUGAGCCAGAGGUUGAAGCGUGCAAGUAGAAGGUACAGCAGUGGGAUGGGGGAGAAGAAGAAGAAGUUAAAGAAGUGGAAGAUGGCCCAGUGGAGGAAUCUAAACCCAAACCCAAGCUAUUCAUGCCCAACUUGAUACCACCAAAGAUCCCUGAUGGGGAGAGAGUGGAUUUUGAUGACAUCCACCGGAAGCGCAUGGAGAAGGAUCUGAAUGAACUGCAGACGCUGAUCGAGGCUCACUUUGAGAAUCGAAAGAAGGAAGAGGAGGAGCUCAUCUCCCUGAAGGAUAGGAUUGAGAAUCGGAGGGCUGAGCGAGCAGAACAGCAGCGCAUCCGGAAUGAACGGGAGAAGGAGCGUCAGAACCGGUUGGCUGAAGAAAAAGCCCGACGUGAAGAGGAAGAGAACAGGAGGAAGGCUGAAGACGAUGCUCGGAAAAAGAAAGCUCUCUCCAAUAUGAUGCACUUUGGUGGUUACAUUCAGAAGCAAGCUCAGACAGAGCGAAAGAGUGGGAAAAGGCAGACAGAAAGGGAGAAGAAAAAGAAGAUCUUGGCAGAGAGGAGGAAGGUGCUGGCUAUUGACCACCUGAAUGAAGAUCAGCUGAGGGAGAAGGCUAAAGAUCUAUGGCAAACGAUCUACAAUCUGGAGGCAGAGAAGUUUGAUCUGCAGGAGAGGUUCAAGCAACAGAAAUAUGAAAUUAAUGUUCUCCGAAACAGGAUCAAUGAUAACCAGAAGGUCUCCAAGACCCGAGGAAAGGCCAAAGUCACUGGUCGGUGGAAAUAGAAAAGGGUCAGGGCACUGCCUUGACAUGGAGGUUCUGAAGGCCCUCAGAGCCCCAGGCUUCUUCACUGAUGAAUCUGCUAGAUGUUUCUCCACUCCUCUGUGGUGUCAUAACCCCACUUUGUCCCCGGUUCCUUUGGUCGACUCUGGAGACCAGAGAGAGCUUUGAACUUGGAUGCACAGAGCUAGCCCAAGUGGGUGGCUAUUUCCCCCUUCCCCAGAUACACACACACAUAGUGCCUCUAAUAAAAGUCAACACAGACUAAACAGCA